UCCCUAAAAUCUCAGAAUCACUAAAGGCUGAUCUUUGGCUGAUGUCAUGUGGAUUCAUGUCAUGGUAGAAGAGAAAGAAAAGAGAAAGGGGAAUGGAAGAGAGGCAGAGUUCCAGACCAAUGCCUUCCGCUGGGGACACGGCAGCAAGUACUGGGACAAUGUCAAAGUCCACCCGGAAUCAGGUUGCAGAAUGACCGACACCAACACCCUGCACGAGGAAAACAACCCCUGCAUCAAAGAGUACAACCUCUCCAUGAAAUGCCUGUACGAGAAGGUCAUGAACAGGGAAUCUUGCGGGUUGUACUUCGACAACUACAGGAUAUGCAAAACUUUCUGGACGCGUAUCAUCAGGGAUAGGAGGAGGAGGGGGAUAAUACCAGUGGUGCCCCCUGUGAGCGAAAGGGAGAAAGUCAAAAAGGAAUAUCUAGGGACAAAAGGUUUCGAGUUGUAGAAGGAAACGUGAUACCAAUGGCAAAACAGAUCCUAUUUAAAUGGUCUUUGUUGCUCGAUUGAAAGUAGGGUAUUUUUAUGGGAAAAAGAAUAGAAUGUUUGUUAUUUUAGGUAACUUAGGGAAUUUAUUAGGAGUAUUCUUAUGCAUAGGUUGUAUAGGAAAUAAAACUUUGUUUGUGAUAUACCAAAUAAAUCUUUAUUUGUGA